ACUCGUUCGGUCACCAUCGGAGAUUCAGAAAAGGAAAAAAAAAAUUAACGAGAUACCCACUUGGAAUUGAAUACCCUAGCGGGGAAGUCGCAUGGAUGGAAAUGAUAUAAGACGUCGAAGGCUCGUAGUCUAGGUUGGUUCGUUGCCCUACUUUAAUUAUUAAUUGUCAAGUGCCAGUGUUAACGACCGCAACAUGGCAUUAAAAGAGACUCGAGUUGAUACUGACGUCGAGAAGAACGCGGUCCCCCAAGAUAUUGUCGAUACUUCCCUCAGCUCCGACGAAUCUGACGAAUCUGGCUGGUCGGACAAUGGAGCUCCGGACCCAACAAAGUUCUCCAAGUGGAGGAAGCUGCACAUCAUCAUCGCCGGCUUCACCUGCACUUUCAACGGCAACCUAGGCUCCUCAAUGCCCUCGGGCGCCAUCGAUGCCAUCUCAGAACAAUUCGGCGUCACAGACCACACUCACCUGGUCCUCCUCAACUCCCUGUACAUGGUCGGUUAUGUCUUGGGCCCUCUGCUCUUCGCUCCCCUGAGCGAGUACAUUGGCCGUCGCCCGGUCCUCAUCGGUACUUUCUUGGGCUACAUCAUCUUUAUGCUCGCCUGCUCUGGCGCCCCCAAAUACGCCGCUCUUCUUAUUUUCCGCAUGCUCUGCGGCGUCAACGCUGCGGCGCCGACCUCGGUCAUCGGUGGGCUCUACGCCGAUAUCCUUGACGAUCCCUCGGUCCGGGGCAACGCCAUCGCCUUAUACAUGACCGUCACUACGAUAGGCCCCCUGAUCGGACCCAUGAUCUCCGGUUUCUCGUCCCCGAUGGGCUGGCGGUGGCCCUUCUGGAUCGCUGCCUUGAUCACAGUACCGGGCAUGCCCUUUGUGCUUACCCUCCCCGAGACGUACGCCCCCGUGCUUCACAACAAGGCGGUGCGCAAGAACAUGAAGAAAAGUACUGGCGUAUUCGACGAGCAGCAGACUCUUCGCCCUUUCGACGCCCGAAAGAUCUUCCUCCGACCCGUCACCCUCCUGUUCACCGAGCCCAUCCUUCUGUUCACCUCGGCCUACCUGACACUCGCCUACUCUAUCCUGUACCUCAUGUUUCAGGCAUACCCCAUCAUCUUCCAGGAUUUCUAUGGACUCUCUGCAGGAAUGGCAUCCCUUGCCUACAUUCCAAUGAUAGUCGGCACCAUCGCAGCCUUGGGCACAUUUCUCUUUUUCACCUGGUAUCGUGACCGCCAGGCAGAGACUGGUAAGGCAUGGGCAAAAUCCGAGAUCUAUCGUCGACUGCCACUGGCUUGUAUUGCAUCCCCAUGCAUGGUCAUUGGACUCUUCUGGCUAGGCUGGACCGUCUGGGAGUCGGUUCCUCCAGUGGUGGCGAUGCUGGGAUCCGGCUUCUUCUUUUGCGCGGGCGUCCAGCUGCUCUUUAUGGGCAUGAUCAACUACCUCACAGAUGUAUUCCGCCAGUCUUCGGCUUCGGCCCAUGCAGCGGCUAGUUGGACACGGUCGACCGGCGCUAUUUUGCUGCCCCUGGCCGCGCAACCUAUGUAUUCGAGCCUGGGACUGCAUUGGGCACCGUCCUUGCUGGGUUUCCUGGCGCUGGUCAUGGGAGUUAUCCCCUUCGUCUUCAUCCGGUACGGUGACCGGUUGGCUCGGAGCAGCAAGUCGGCCAGAGCAGCUUUCGGAAUCUAGAAUUAAUGAGUCUGCAUUUGAUUUUUACAACGGGCCCACGGAUAGAGGAUAUCGGGAUGCAAUUGAAAUAAAAGGCAGCAUUGUUUCAGGGAGUCGGAAAUGAAAGUAUCCACAUAUAGAAUGGCAUGAUAAGUUGGGUCAUACGUGACUUUCACAAAUACAAGAACAUUAAUGUCCUCUAUACUACAAUAUAAUUCUUGGCCGCUUCAUCGCCUUACAAUAGAGCCAGC